AUGAUUCGAUCUUACGGCAGCGUCGAAGAAACGCAGAUCUCCUACUACGCAGGACUCAUGAUAGCCGUAUUCACCUUUUGCGAAUUCUUGAGUGGAAUGCUCUGGGCCAAGCUAAGCGAUCGAAUUGGUCGCAAGCCCGCCUUGCUGAUUGGGUCGUUUUGUGGUAUCGUUACCGCGCUUGCCUUGGGAUUCUCGAAGUCGAUCUCACUGGCCGUUGCCUCGAGGGCUUUUGGCGGCCUUUUCAACCCAAACGUGGGCCUUGCCCAAACCUGCGUUGUGGAGUCGGUUCCGGAGAAGGAUGAGCAGGCUGAGGGCGACUACGAGCUCGUGGAUAAUGGUCAGCCAGAAUUGCAGGCCCUCAGAAGGGCGUAUGGCGCUCCCUCCAUCCAUGAACUGGAAGACAUCUCCGUUGACAAAGAGUUUGGAGACCAUCUCAGCCCACCCGUGGGCGAGGGCAGGGCAGUUGCGUUCACUGCACAGGUUAUUUUCCAAAUCGUCUCAGUCUCGCUUCUAGCCCUCCACAAGGUAUCAUCAGAUGCAGUAAUGCCCACGUUUCUUGCCAUCUCCGUAGCGUCGAAUGGACCGGAAUCCUCACCUCGUCGGAACCUUCUACAAUAUUCCGGCGGGUUUGGAUACGGCAACUACGAAAUCGGGUUGAUUCUCCUAUCGCAAGCCGUAGUUGCCGUCGUCACUCAAGCCACCGUGGUGCCUCUCUUUAUCAAUCGCAUGGGGCCGCUUCGGGCAUAUCGUGUGAUCCUCUGCGUUUAUCCGACGAUAAUCUCGAACACGAUAUCCGAAAAGUACUACAUUGCUCGUGCCUCGAGCUUGGAUACGUAG